GAAAUUCUCUUUCUCCUCCCACAAAUCCAUCUUUGUUGAUGAUUAUCUUAUAUGGCUUGCUGACACAAGUACUAGUACUUAUUACUACAAGAACUACAGAACUAGAGGAAUAGUUCACCUGCAAUGCGCUUUCCCACUAUUCAAAGCCGCGUCCAAUUUAAUACUACUAGUAUCUAUUUUUUUUAUUAUUAUAUUUUAAUCAUUUCUGUUUGCCCCCGUCCUUUCCUUCCAUCAGGCCCAUCUCUCUUCCCAAUAUAUAUUUUCCCCCAACUGUUCAUCCGUUGCUUCUGACUUUAGCUUUUCAGCUCGUUUGCGUUCUCGUCUUUUUGAGGUAUAUUUUUGGAUCUGUUAUUUUAAAAGUUUUCGAGGGAUAUAUUCGUAAGUGUUGGCGGGUGUUUCUUGGGGUCGGAUUUUGUUGUUCUGUAAUUUGUUAUUCCGGAUUUUGGGUCUGUUAGUCCGAAUCGAUGAUGUGGGUUCUGUUGAUUUUCGAGGAAUUUUAUGGGGUUCGAUUUGUUUGAGUUUGGUGGUUCCGAAAUUUACCUGGGUUGCCUUACUUUUUUUUUUCCCCUGUUGUAAAGAUUAGGUUUUUGACAUUUGGGGUUUCAGGUACCAAGUUUUGGGCUUUUGCGCGUGUCCCAUUCUCUUCUCCAUUCUGCCUUGAAAUCUUUGCAAGAAACCUAAAUACAUAAAUCUAACAAAUAACUAUGGAGGUUAAACUAUGGAAUGACAAGCGUGAAAGAGAAAUGUAUGAGAAUUUCGCUGAGCUUUUUGCGAUCAUAAAGGCAACCGAGAAACUGGAAAGGGCAUAUGUUCGUGAUGUUAUCUCACCUGCAGAGUAUGAAACUGAAUGCCAAAAGCUGAUUAACCAGUUCAAAACGCUGUCGACAUCAUUGAAAGAUACUGUCCCUAGUAUUGAGCGAUUUCAUGACACCUAUAAGAUGGACUGCCCUGCUGCCCUUAACCGUCUUGUUGUUUCCGGGGUGCCCGCCACAAUUGAACAUCGUAAUGCUCGUGCAAUGUCGGCCACUACUUCUGCAGCCAUAGUUGCAGAAUGUGUCCAGAAUUUCAUUACGGCAAUGGACUCCUUGAAGCUGAAUAUGGUUGCAGUUGAUCAGGUACACCCGCUACUCUCAGAUCUGUCAGCUUCACUCAAUAAACUUUCAAUUCUGCCACAUGAUUUUGAGGGCAAGACCAAGAUGAGAGAGUGGAUAGCAAGGUUGUCAAAAAUGGGUGCAGCAGAUGAGUUGACUGAGCAGCAGGCUCGACAGCUUCACUUUGACCUGGAGUCUUCUUAUAAUUCAUUCAUGGCAGCGUUGCCUACUGCCGGAACUUAGUUUGACAUAUGUGAAUAUUCUAAAAUAAAGUUGGAACACCACCUUUUGCUGAUAAAUUAUUGGUGUAUGUGUAUGGCCUACUAACCUCAUUUAGCUCUUAAAAAGCCGUAUAAGCUGUAGGAUGUUAUUGAUUGGUGCUCUGAAGCUGGUAUUUGUAAGGAUGUUUGGGCAGGUAGUGAUUUAAUGUUCUUAAUGUUAUAUAUAUAUGAGCAAUGAAAGCAUUAUUGCUGCUAUGUCAAACUAAAAUUGCAAAAAGAGUUUGUGGUACAGAGCUCAGAUUAGGGAGGCCAUUCUUGGUCUGAUAUCUGCUUCUGUUCUUUGGUUUUACAGUUGGUAUUUUACUGCUAACGAUUUUGAUGUAGUUUCGUUGAUCUUGGUCAGAAUAGUUGCACUUUGUCAUUUACUUGUAGUAUUUUUCUGGAGAGUGCCAUGUCAUUAGAGCUUAGAGGAACUGAUUUGAAAUGUUGUUGCUUUGGUUUUUAUUUUGCCGGUGCUGAUCAGUUUGACUGUGUAAUAAUCCAUUUCGAUUAUACUUGAAUUAUAUCCCAGCUAUCUUAACGUUCAGAACCUAAAGUGUUUUCCUGAGAAGCCUGUAUCUUGUCAAAUCAACUGCUAUCUUUUUUGUGGUAAAGUCUAUAUUGUCAUUUUAGGCACUACAUGUAUUUCAUGAUAACUGUUACGUGGAAGUUUAUGGAGCUUGCCUUAGGCGAUGCCAUUGUUACUUCAGUGCAUCUUUUGUAUCAUUUGCUUGAUUUGAUUCCUACACGUUGAUGCCAUCUUUAACUUGGUUUUAACAUUGCUCCACUUAGUUUGAAUCCGUAUUUAUAUAUGGGUUAAACGUUCUGCACCUUUUGAAGCUUCUAUGACGCCGAACUGUGAAGCAAAUUAUAUUAGCAGGUAACAAAAACUGUACUGCAAUGAAAUGAUAUCUUUGUGAUAUCCAUGCUCAGAAAUGGAUUGAGGUUAAAGGUGUGUCUUUCCAAAGGAUUUCAAAGUUGAAUGUGAACUAACCGUUGCCCAGGGCACAAUAACAGAAGGUAAGGUUUCACAAGAAACAAGUUUUUAUGAAAAAUUUACUGCUCCUUUUGGUCAUUGUGAAUUUACUCAUUUACAUGAAGACGAUGAUGGUUUGAUGAAUUUGCAGUUGCAAGCAAAUGUGAUGUUUGUGCACUGGGUUCCUUUUAUUGUUACUUCUUUUGAGGGACAUUUUGAUAAAUGUGGUUCUUUCACUUGGUAUUUUUUUUUGCUGCUAAUAUUUUUUGGGCAAGAAUUACUCCCUCCGUUCCAAAAUUAUUGUCCAUUUUGAGAUUUUACUUUUAGUAUAAUUUGAACUGGAAAUGAAAACUAAAACUGGACAAUAAUUAUGGGAUGGAGGGAGUACAAAGAAAUGGAGCUCUCUUUUCUCUCUCUCUAUAUAUAUAUAUAAAAGAAAUACUAUACAGUUAAUUUCAAUUCAAACUGAUCAAACAAUUACAAACUUGUAUCAUUUUAUCGAAAUUGAGCAAGGCAGACUAUGCAUUCACAGAUUCAUCCUCUGCAGACCGACAUCCCAAGCAGCAUCUGGAAUAAGAUAUGUUCAGCACAUUCGAACGCGAAACAGCUUUGCUUUGGUUUAAUGUUUUAUAGUACUAUAAUAUAAUUUCGCAUUUUAAUUUUAAUUUGUUAUAUGUAAGCAAAAUAUAUGCAAUAAACAAUAAUAAAAGUAUGAAGUACAUGUACUCACAAUUGUUUUAAGGAAAUUUUUUAAAUAUAGUUUCAUAACCACGAACUUGUUAUCAAUAUUUUCGGUCGCUUACAUCUUUCUAAUAACCUCAUUUAAUCCUUAAAUUUAAUUUCCUAUACACAUCUCUUGAAGCGACGUAGUUCUACACUACUUACAAUAAAAUUUAGAAAAUUAAAUACAAAAAUAUACUGACGAUAUGGCAGUUUCUUUUUUUUUUUGG